GGGAAAUAAACCCUCCCCAGCCGGAUAAAAAGAAAAGUGCUGUGGGAUUGGCAUAUUGCCGUUCAGACUCGUUUGAGAUCUCGGAAUGUCUUUGAUUGCAUCCGACAAUUUCCCAACCAUUCAUCUUGCCGAGAGAUAAGCCGAAAACUCGGUCGCCUGAAAUCUUAGGCACCGACCCGCGGCCUCCACUGCGCGUCGGCAGACCGAAUCUGGAAGACCAAAGUCUUCCCUGUCUCUGUCCCCUCCUACUGAUCUCGGGGUUUUUGUUUUGAAGGCUAUGAUCCUGCUCCAGGCAUCGCCGGUCCACCUCCUUCCCCCUCCCCGCUCUCAUGGAAGAUCCUCCUUUCCAGGGGAAAAGUUUCAAACUUGUUGUCUGAGUGAGACAACAUCCAACAAAAAAGUUAUUUCUAGACAACUUCUAUCCUGUUUUGCUGCUUCAGUUAUGUUCCUCUCUCCACAAAACCAGGCUGUUGCAGCAGAAUCCAUCCAUCAUCAAAGUUUAUGCCAGAUUGCAAUGGCCACAAAUAAUGAUUCGAUGUCAAAAUAUGAUAGCAUGUCAGAUGAAGGAAAUGAGAAGCUAAUGAUGAGGGGCAUGACGGCUAAGAAUUUUGAUCCAGUUAGAUAUUCUGGAAGAUGGUUUGAAGUAGCUUCACUGAAGCGUGGAUUUGCUGGCCAAGGACAGGAGGACUGCCACUGCACACAGGGCAUAUACAUGUUUGAUGCUCAGAUGCCAUCAAUCCAAGUGGAUACAUUCUGUGUCCAUGGUGGCCCUGAUGGUUAUAUUACUGGAAUAAGGGGGAAGGUUCAAUGCCUUUCAGAGGAGGAUAUAGAAAAGGCUGAAACUGAUUUGGAGAAACAAGAGAUGAUCAAGGAAAAAUGCUACCUUCGUUUUCCCACACUACCAUUCAUACCUAAGGAGCCCUACGACGUGAUUGCAACUGACUAUGAUAGUUUCUCUCUUGUUUCUGGGGCUAAAGACAAGGGUUUCAUUCAGAUUUAUUCAAGGACACCUAAUCCCGGACUGGAAUUCAUAGAGAAAUACAAAAUGUACUUGGCAAAUUUUGGGUAUGACCCUAGCAAGAUCAAAGAUACUCCACAGGACUGUGAGGUGAUGUCUUCUAGUCAGCUGUCUCUCAUGAUGUCAAUGUCAGGAAUGAAGGAGGCUCUCACAAACCAGUUUCCUGAUCUAGAAUUAAAGGCACCUGUCAAGCUAAACCCAUUUACAAGCAUUUUUGACACCUUGAAAAAGCUUCUUGAACUAUACUUCAAGUAGCUCCAAAAGAUUGACCAAUAUAUUUCUAUAUGUAUAUGAGUGGUUAUGCUGUAAGUAUAUUCUUGUAAUUGAUGAUUUGUUGUGGUACCAUGUGAUCAUUAGAAUCUUGUAAUGCAAUUUCUUUUUGAUGCUCU